AUGUAAAGUGAAUAAUUGAGUGAAUAAAAAUUGUAUGCUUGGGGAAGUGCAGAAUGUGAUCAAUUUUUGUCUAAGGAUGAAGACGAUGAAGAAGUGUAUGAAGUCAAGAGACCAUAUCAAAUAAAAGAAUUGAGUAAUCUGUCAAUAACCUAAGUGGCAUGUGGAGGAAUGCAUGCACUCAUAUUGACAUCUUAAGGAAAAGUAUUGCAUAAAAUAACUAUAAAUUAGGUGUAUUCCUUUGGAUGCGAUGAUAAGGGUGUGCUUGGCAGACCUAAAAUAGAAGGUUAGGACGCUCGAGUUCCAGCUCUAAUUACAGACCUUCCUCCUGUUGAUAUGAUUGCUUGUGGUAGUUCUCAUUCAAUUGCUGCAAAUUCCAAUGGUUUAGUAUAUUUCUGGGGGUUUUAUGCAAAUACUCAUGGUCCCAUUGGAGAUCCAGUGUAAAAGCCAAAAAAGAUGGAUAAUAUUACGGAAGGGAUAAAAAAAAUACUCUGUGGUUAAAAUCACACAAUGGUAUUAUUGGAAAGCCAAAAAGUAAAGUAUUUGUUUACAUAUAGUUACUCACUUGGGGUGACGCAGAAACUUUAGUAAUAGGUAGAAAAAGUGAAACCAGAAGAUCUAUUAUUCAAAAUUUAAAUCCAUAACCUAUCAAGAUGAAAAAACCAAUUUUAAACAUUUUUACAGGGGCUUCACAUGCAUUUGUUAAAGUUUAAAUGAAAGAUAAUAAAGUUGGAAUUUAUGGGUGGGGAUUAAAUAACUAUGGAUAAUUGGGUAUUGGAAAUCAAGAAAAUUAAUAAUUGCCAGUUUUAGUCCAAUUUUUUGAUAACAUUGAUGUUAUUGAUAUGGUGGGAGGAGAACAUCAUACUAUUGCACUUGAUUCUGAAGGAAAUCUUUACUCAUUUGGUAGACAUGAUGAUGGACAACUUGGAUUAGGAGAAGAAAUCAAUGAACAAUUAAAGGAACAAGCAUAAAAACAAUUAGAAGAAGAAAUCUAAUCAUAGAAACUCAAUGAAGGAAAUAAAAAAAAAAUAAGCAAGAAAAAUAAAUAAUAAGGGGAACUUUUUGAAAUCUAAAAGUCUGAUAAAGUUAUUGGAUAUGAAUUCAUCAAUGAUCCUUAAAUGAUCAAAGAUAUCCCAAAAAUGUAAUCUAUUUAUUCUUCCAUGCAUUUUAAUUUUGCAAUCUCUCAAUAAGGCUAAAUAUUCUCCUGGGGAAAUGGUUAAAGUUUUGUUCUUGGUACAAGAAAUGAAAAUUCCCAAUUCAACCCUAAAGAUGUAUAUUAUAAUAUUUAUCAUAACUAAAGAUUACUACCAUUUUUAAAAAUGAAAAGCUUUUAUAAAUUUCACUUGGUGCAAGCCAUGUGAUUGCAUAUACAUCAACAGAUUUAAAUUACAAUACCUAAAAAAUUGAUGAGUCAAUCAUAAAAAUACAAGAUUAAAACACAAAACAUAAAAAACCAAGAAAAAGUAAUAGCAGAGAUAUAAGCAAGGAAAGUAGUAUGAAAAGAAGUGUAUAAAAAUUUGAUGACAGUUUAAUUCCAGUUAAAGAUUUGAAAAUAGAUUGA